AUGAAGUCUGUCGUCUUUGCUUCUCUCAUCGCCAGCGCCCUCGCUGUGCCUACUGAGCUUGCUCCCCGUACCGACGUCUCCUCCUUGUGCCCAGCGGGCCUUUACAGCGUCCCCCAGUGCUGUGCCACUGACAUCCUCGGUGUUGCUCGCCUUGACUGUAAGGCUCCCAAACAGACGCCUCGUAACGCAGAUGAAUUCAAGAACAUAUGCGCGAAGGGAGGCCAGCAGGCCGCAUGCUGCGUUGUCCCCGUUGCUGGCCAGAGUCUCUUUUGCAUGACCCCCGUCGGAAUAUAG